UCCGUCUCCCUCAUUUCCCUCGUCGUUUUCUCUUAUUCCGACAACUCGUCCCCAAUCCCCAUUCUCUCUCUCUCUCUCGAUCUCUCUCUCGAUAGAUCUCGAUCUCAAUCUCAAUCUUAGCGCUUCUCAUCGAGAUCAAUUACACUUCUCAUACUAUUAUAAAUCCCCAAUUCGAAGAGGGAUCGAUCGAUCGAUCGAAUUCGAUCGCGAGGAGGAGACGCGGAGAUGGAGGUACGGAACGCCACCGCCGGCGCCGCCGCGCCGGCGCCGGCGCCGGCGCCGAAGCAGCCGAAGCCUCCGACCAACCCCGUCGACGCCGCCUCCGUGUCCCAGAGGCUCCAGAAGGAAUUGAUGUCUCUCAUGAUGAGUGAAGAUGCAGGAGUAUCAGCGUUUCCUGAAGGCGAGAACAUUUUCUCUUGGGUUGGUACUAUUGAAGGAAGCAAAGGAACUCCAUAUGAAGGUUUAACCUUCAAGCUAUCGCUGCGUUUUCCUUUUGACUAUCCGUUUAAGCCUCCAGUGGUCAAGUUUGAGACUCCAUGCUUCCAUCCAAAUGUAGACCAAUGUGGCAAUAUUUGCCUAGAUAUUCUUCAGGACAUGUGGUCUUCAGCGUACGAUUGCAGAACAAUUCUUCUGUCCAUCCAGAGCUUGUUUGGUGAACCCAACAAUGAAAGUCCUCUCAAUAGCUAUGCUGCAACAUUAUGGAGCAACCAAGAAGGAAGUCCCCCAUUAGAGAAGUUUUUGCUAAUAUAAAACCAACUUUCUCACAUGAAUUGGAUGACACCCCCACUUAAAAAAAUGGUACUAAGGUAAGAAGCAACAGCAUUUCGUGGGGUAGAGAUUAAAAUUCUGAUUAUAUGGGGUUAUUUAUGUAGAUAGAUGAUCUCGCAGGGGAUCUAACCGUUAUUCAUUUGACGUGUAUAACCUUUAUCCUAUGCACAUGUUGUGUACGAGAUUUUCUUUUUUUACUUUGUAAUGCUCUUGUUUUUGUAGAAUAUAAGAAGAUGGUUCACAAACAGUAUACAUUUGGCGGUGAAGUUUCAGAAAGCUGAAACUUUUGAUUCUAAACAGACGGAGAACACCGUAAGUUACAUCUGUGGAUCAGGGUUGGUGUUUCCGCAAAUAGGCUAUAAACUUGUCCACCUUGCACCGCCAGUUUCAUAAUUCUCUUUGUAAAGUUUGAGAAUACCUCCUCUUCGGGCGGUAACAAUUAAAGAUUUUACUUUCGUUGUUCUCCAAGAUUUCACUUAGGAAAAUUCUAGAUAUUAUUUACCAAUAGAUCCCUUAUACCUUAUUUUCAUGUAUAAGAAACUACAGAACAUUCGAGAUGAAGUAUACUACCGCACGCAAUAUUCGAAAAAGUAUGCCUUAUUAGAUGGGGGUGAAUGGAAGUUUUUUGGUCAUUGGCUUUGUAUAUUUCAUUCUUUUGCGCAUGUUAACCUUAGAAAUGGUAGUUUUGAGCCUUCUGGUAAUUGGUUGUAUUAAUAAGUCUAAUGUGCAACUCUUUGUAAUGACAACUUCUUCUCUUUCGAACUUUAUCUACCAUGUCUGGUGUUGUGCUCUCUGUUUGGUUCAAGCUCUUGCAGAAGUGCUUUUACAGCAUGAUAGUCAAUGAGAAGCCUUAUGCUGCGUUUGGG